UAAAAUCGCAAAACCUCUCACCCGGUUACUUGAAAAAGAUGCGGUUUUUAUAUUCUCUGAUGAAUGUCACCAUGCUUUCCAAGCACUUAAAACACAACUGAUCAAUGCACCUGUGCUUGUGGCCCCAGAUUGGAGCUUACCCUUUGAACUCAUGUGUGACGCUAGUGACUUAGUAGUGGGGGCCAUCCUUGGUCAAAGGAAGGACAAGAACUUCCACCCAAUCUACUACGCUAGCAAAACUCUGUCAGGGCCACAACUCAACUACACCACCACUGAAAAAGAAUUCCUUGCUAUUGUUUGUGCUUUAGAGAAGUUUAGGACUUACAUCAUUCUUUCGAAGGUUAUUAUCUAUACCGACCAUUCGGCCAUUAGAUAUCUCCUCCAAAAGCAUGAUGCUAAGCCUAGACUGUUACGCUGGGUUCUUUUGUUGCAGGAAUUUGAUAUUGAAAUCAGGGACCGAAAAGGGUCUGCUAAUCAGGCAGCUGAUCACCUCUCGAGGUUAGAUGCCGAGUUAGCAGAAACUUUCGGAAAAUGCGAAAUUGAGGAGCUUUUUCCUGCUGAGAGAUUGAUGGCGAUUUCCGCCAAGGAGCAAACACCGUGGUAUGCCGACAUUGCCAACUACCUUGUUGGUAAAGUCGAGCCUACCGAACUGACAAGGCACAUGAAAAGGCGGUUCCUAUCAGAAGCAAAGCACUAUUUUUGGGAUGAUCCAUAUCUAUUCCGAAUUUGUGCUGACCAGGUGGUGAGAAGAUGUGUUACUGAAGCUGAGGCAAAGGACAUUCUGGAGCAUUGUCACAGCGGUCCUACUGGGGGCCACUUCUCAGGGAAUAGAACCGCAAGGCGGGUUUUGGACUGUGGGUACUUCUGGCCCACGAUUUUUAAAGAUGCUAAUGUAUUUGUUUCUUCUUGUGAUAACUGUCAACGAAUCGGGAACAUUUCUGGGCGCAAUGAGAUGCCCCAACACUUUAUCUUACCUUGUGAGGUAUUUGAUGUUUGGGGCAUCGACUUUGUUGGACCUUUCCCAAGCUCAAGAGGAAACAAAUACAUUCUUGUGGCCAUUGAUUAUGUUUCUAAAUGGGUUGAAGCCCAGGCCUGUGUCACCAACGACUCUCGAGUAGUCGUGAAUUUUCUGAAAAAGCUCUUUACCAGAUUUGGUGUGCCUAGGGUUUUGAUCAGCGAUAGAGGGACUCAUUUCCACAAUGACCCAAUGGCUAGAAUUUUGGCCAAAUAUGGAGUCCAACAUCGAAGCGGAGUAGCGUACCACCCCCAGACUCAAGGACAAGUGGAGAACGCUAACAGGGAUUUGAAGUCCAUUCUGGAGAAAACUGUUGCCCAGACCAGGAAAGACUGGUCGACUAAACUUGACGACGCUCUUUGGGCAUUUCGGACUGCUUACAAAACCCCGAUCGGAACCACACCUUUUCGCCUUGUAUACGGGAAGUCUUGCCACUUACCCGUCGAACUCGAGCAUAAAGCACUUUGGGCGAUGAAAAAUGUCUGUUUUAAACUGGAUACUGCAGGGAAGGAACGAUUUUACCAGCUGAAUGAACUGGAAGAAUGGAGAGCGCAAGCUUUUCAUAAUUCCAAACUUUACAAGGAACGAGCCAAACUCUACCAUGAUCAACACAUCAAAGCUCGUGAUUUCAAUGCUGGAGAUAAAGUGCUGUUGUUCAACUCCCGGUUGAAGCUUUUUCCAGGAAAGCUUAAAUCAAGAUGGUCCGGACCAUUCAAGGUCAUAAAAGCUUACCCCUACGGAACUGUUGAGAUUGAAGAUGCUAAUGGGGCUCCCUUUAAAGUCAACGGCCACCAACUUAAACUUUACCAUGGCGGCCCGAUUGAAAAAAGCAAGGAGAUUCUCUAUCUCCAAAAAUUUUGAACCAAGGGAGGACAUUCGUCAAGCUAGUGACGUUAAAGAAGCGCUCAUUGGGAGGCAACCCAACCAAAAAAAAAAAAAAAAAAAAAAAAAAAAAAACUAACCCAAAAAUAUUUUACUUUGUUUAUUUCUUGCAGAUGUCUGGAGGAAGACGUGACGAUCCCAUUUUCGAGGAGCCACCACUAGGACGGGAAGACCCGCCACCUCAGCCUGAUAUCCCAUUUGCUACUAUUGCUGAUCGCAGACGCUUCCAGGCAUGGGGGCAAUACCGCACACUCCUUCCUCCCAUGAUCCUGGACCCGACGAUGCUAGAGGAAUGGGGGUACUGGGAUGACAUUGAUGCCCUGCUAGGAGACUCUUUAUGGCGGAGGAUUCUAUUCGUUCAGGAGAGGGCCAGCCUUCCAUUGACGAUGGAGUUUCUGUGCUCCGUUCAGUUCACUCAUUACGGACAGGCUGUGCAGGAGGGUGCUGUUAUUGGGUCAGAGUCUCGGAUGAGGUUUACUAUUCUAGGCAUGGAGCACUCCAUCACUGUGGCUGAGCUCGGAUGGAGGAUGGGGCUCUAUACCCCAGCAUACACACAGACUGAGGAGUUCCGUGCUCUUCCGACCCGCUUACCCGAGGCAUUUGACAUUGAUGAGUUCUGGCACAGACACUCCACAGACACCAGAUCAUUUCUCCGGAUGCACCCCCAUUCGAACAAAUGGAGGGAGACUCACUGGUACAUACUCUCGUUCGUACUUUCUUGUGGUUUUUUUGGACGACCUAACAACACAAACAGGUUGUCCAAAAAGGACAUACUAUUCUUUUGGAGUUUGAUUCACCGCAUCCCGGUGAAUAUGGCUGUCCUUAUGGCUCGUUUCUUCCGGAGCCAGGGGAAGACUGUGCGGCGCACUAUCCAGGCAGGGCCUUUCAUCACUACCCUCGUUAGAUCAUUCUACCCAGAUCUAGACAUUCCAGGGCUAUCACAUUUACAGGAGAGCAUCCGCGUUCUUCGAUCCUCAUCCUUUACCAACAUGAGGAUCAAGAAGAAGCGGAAUACUCAGGAGCUCCCAGGUAUUGAGCAGCCGACCCAGCAGAGUAGUUCUUCUCGACCCUCAGGACAUGAGGGAUCUAGCGAGCCCUUUUCAUACAUGCCUAGCGCCACAGAUUGGAGAGCGAUGAUGGAUGGGAUGAGGAGUCUACAGACCUCAGUCUCAGAGAUGCGGGUUGCACAGGACAGAGGGUUCCAGGAGAUGCGAGAUGCGCAUGAGACGGCCCUGGGAGAGUUCAGAGACUUUCGAUUAGCUCAGGAGAGAGCCACCCAGGAUAUGCAGGCGGAGCUAGAGACCCAGAGGCUAGAUAUUGAUGAGAUGAGAGAUUGGCUUAGGCCACACUAUGGCCCCCAGGAUGGCGCAGGCGAUGUUUAGAUUUGCUUCUUCCUUAACAUUUUUAUCAUGUUUGUUUGUUCUUCAGGUUGGACAUUGCGCUGCUCUUUUGACUUGAAUGCUCUUACAAACUGACUAUGGAUGAUGUAAGGAUUUUUAAAACCAUUUUUUCUCCUGUUUCAUUAUUCCUCUUCACAAAAUCUUUGCAAAACUCAAGUGUGAGGAAAGAACCAAAAAAAAAAAAAAAAAAAAAAAAAAAAAAAAAUAUAUUAUGUGCCUUUAUUUCCCAAUUUUGUGCCUCAAGAGAAGACCUCGAGGGCGAGGUCCAGCUCAAGUGUGAGGAGGUUGCGUUUUACACUCAAAAGUCAAAACCUUGUUUUAGAACAAUCUUUUUACUAUUUUUGAUAUGAAACAUUAAUUUCUCAAUUUGUUAUCAAUUCACAAAAUAGUUUAGAAAAUCACCCUUAUUAUAAGAAUUUACUAUUAUUAUUAUUUUUGAAAACUUAAAAUUGUUAUGGGUUUUUGGUUGCGAAUGUAAAGGUCUGAAUUUGUUUUAAUUGGACAUUCAUUUUAUUCAUUAAAAAAAUGUUACUAUUAAUAAACCUCUUCAAAACUCAUUGUUAUAGGACAAUUCCAUCUCCGAAAAGGGGCUCUGUUUCAUUCGCUAAUCACAGUCUGUGAGAAUGAAAUAUGCAUUUACCAUGGGAUAACACCGCCAACAAGAGUGAAAAAAAAAAAAAAAAAAAAAAAAAAGAAUGGUGAACAAGAUGAAUGUCCAAAUUAGAAUAAUGAAAAUCUUGGGAUAAGGAAUUGAUUGGUGGUUUAACAUAAUAAAUAGUUUUUCGUAAGUAAUACUAAUUUUAAACUCUUGUAUUUUGGGUGAUUUUUCUAAAAUGUUUAAAGAUUGAGAAUAAAAAGAAGAGGUUUUUGUUUCUACUUCUUUAAUAGCAAUUCGAUUGUGAUAUAGUCAGGUUUUCCCUUUUUGAGUGUGUUUCCAACUAAUUCGUCGCUUGAGGACAAGCAACGCUUAAGUGUGAGGAGAUUGAUAAGUCCAUUUUUGUACUUAUUUUUCUUAUCAAAUUUAAGCGAUUUUUGAUUGAAAAUAGAAAGAAAAGGCAUGUUUUAGAUAUUUUGGUUCAAAUUUUAUGAAAUCAGGUGAAAACCACAUUCAUCGUAUGUUUGUCGGAAUUUCGGGUCAAUUGAGCACAAAAUGAGCCAAUUCGAGCAACAAAUGAUAUCAUACCGAAAGAAGGAG